AUGGACGUGGAAGCCCGCAAUGACUCGCCCCCCGCCCGUGGCAAGGCGAUGCGCCGCCUCCUGGUGGCGCUCAACUGCGGGAUGCUCGCGCUCGGCGCCACGCUCGGGCCUCUCAUGAGCCGCCUCUACUACAGCAAGGGCGGCCAGCUGAAGUGGCUCUCCGGGUGGAUCCAGACCGGCGGCUGGCCGCUUCUGCUGAUCCCCGUGGCGGCGGCGUACCUCGGCCGCCGCGCGCGCGACCGGGAGGGCCCAGUGUUGCUCACCCCGCCACGCAUACUGCUGGCCGCCGCGGGGCUCGGCGUCGUCACGGGCGCCGACAACUUCAUCUACUCCUACGGCCUCGCGUACCUUCCCGUGUCCACCUCCGCGAUCCUCAUCUCCACGCAGCUGGCCUUUACGGUGUUCUUCGCGUUCCUCAUCGUGCGGCAGCGGCUGACGGCGUCCUCCCUGAACGCCGUGGCGCUGCUGAUGGUGGGCGCCGUCUUGCUGGGGCUGCACGUCUCCUCCGACCGCCCCGCGGGGAUCACCAGGGGCCAGUAUUGGCUGGGCUUCUUCCUGACCCUCGGCGCCGCUGCGCUGUACGGGCUCAUCCUGCCGCUGGUUGAGCUCGCGUACAAGUGCGCCGCGAGCGGCAGCCGCACCGUGACGUACGCGCUGGUGGUGGAGAUGCAGCUGGUGAUGGGCUUCUUCGCCACCGCGUUCUGCACCAUCGGCAUGAUCGUCAACAAGGACUUUCAGGUGCGUGCUCCACGUGUCGCCUACCUGCUGCUCCUAUACUAG